AUGAGGUUUCUUGUUUUGGCUUGUGCACUCGUUGCUUCCACGACUGCAGCUCCCCAGGGCUACAGUCUGCAAAGACCCACUGGAUCAACACUGUCCACUGGACCUGGUCAGACAGCAGGAAGUGGAUUUACUGUCGGAUCCGGUGCUGGGCAUGUAGGAGGAGGUAUUGGAAUAAGUUCUGGUCAUGGAGUUGGAAGUGGAGUUUCGGCUGGUGCAGCUGUUGGAGGAAGUCUCUCUGGUGGAUUUGGACAAGGAGUGGGGACUGGCAUCUCCGGCGUAGGUGCUGGAAUCGUGGAACCAUGUGGAGAAGGACAAAUUCGACAUGUGGAUGGAUCUUGUGUUACACCAGUCGUGAACAGGAAAGUGUUUGUCUUUGAUGUUCCUGAACAAAAAGGACCUAUCGGUCCUCCACCAAGCGUUCCUCCUCCACGAGUGGAUCAUAACAUUCUGUUCGUGCGACUUCCCGAAGAAGGAGAAGGACCUGAACCAAUCGUUAUUCCACCACCAAGACAGGAGAACAUCGUCUAUGUACUCAACAAGAAGGACGAACAGGCUCAGCGUGUCAUCGAAGUACCUGCCCAUCCUCCAUCUGAUCCUGAAAUCUACUUCGUCAAUUAUGAAGAGGGUGAGAACCCAACUCUACCUAUUGGUGUGGAUCUCAAUACUGCUCUUGGCUCAGCCGCUGAAGCUGGUGGACAAGUAAUUGGAGUCGCUGGAGGUGAUAGUGGUGAAGGCGCAGGAUUUGGAGUAGGUGGAGUAGUUGGAGGAAGUGGAUUCGGUACAGUUAGCGGAGGAUUGGGUGGAGCUGGUACAGGCAGUGGAUUCGGCACUGUAAGCGGAGGAUUGGGUGGAGCUGGUGCAGGCAGUGGAUUCGGUUCUGUUAGCGGAGGAUUGGGUGGCGUUGGUACAGGCAGUGGAUUCGGAAUUGUUAGCGGUGGAUUAGGUGGAGCUGGCGUAGGUAGUGGAUUUGGAACAGUGAGCGGAGGUGUAGGAAGCUCUCCUUCUGGUUUAUAUACCACUCCCUAAAUACAUUAUUUAUUUUAUGAAAAGACAAUAUAAAUA